AUGAACAUGAGCGCCGGCCCCCGAAAUCCAUCCGCCAGCAUCGGCCCCGGCGCAUCACAGUCGCACUCCUCGCGCCGCCUCCUCAUAUUCCAAGAAACGCGCAACCCCGCCAACGUCGCCGAACCAGUUUAUCUACCAGUCAACAAACUCGGUCUACCCAUUUGUGGACCAGGUCCUGAAUUGCCGUCUAUUUUGGAACUGCCGUUGCGCGUCUUGAGGGUGUUUACGGAUAUUUUCAAUACGCCGAAGUAUAAGGGAUGGGCUAUCUUUUCGGCUGGACCGUACUAUGAUACCGCUGAAGAAGGCAAAUUCUACGCCGUCGUCCUCGAACAGACUUCUAGUGUUUCUUCUGGAGCGCCGGAGGUGAAUAUGGGGACGCCUUAG